UAUAUGAGGAAAACGAUGGGACUUGGGACUUCAGAAUUCAAGGUUGUCUAUGCCGUUGUUCUUGUCACUUUCGUUUUGAAUUGCUUCACCCAGUUUGGAACGGACGCUCAAAUUUUGCCACAAAAUGAAGUGAAAGCUCUUGAAGCAAUAAACUCAAAAUUAAAAAAUCUAAAUUGGAAGAUCAGUGAAAAUUUCUGCAGUACUAAGGAAAGUGUCGAAAGAUUCAUUUCAGAAGACACGCUAAGCAACGUCACAUGCAAUUGUUCUCUCAGCAAAGGCACUGUUCAGUCUGUUUGCAGCAUCACACACAUUCAGCUCAAGCGUCUUAAUCUAAGCGGAGUUCUACCAGCUGAUUUUGGAAAUCUUAGUAAUCUGCAAGAACUUGAUCUCAGUUUCAACUACAUCAGUGGAUCAAUUCCAUCUAGUUUCUCUCAGCUCCCUCUUGUCAUUCUGUCCCUUUCAGGAAACCGGUUAAGUGGUGAAAUUCCUAAGGGAAUUGGUGAGAUUGGUUCACUUGAGGAGCUGGUUUUGGAAGCAAAUCAGCUUGAUGGACAUCUUCCUGAAAACCUAGGAAAUUUGAGCAACUUGAAGAGACUUGUUCUUAAUGCAAACAAUUUUACAAGCACAAUACCAGAAACGUUUGGAAAAUUAACGAACUUGACUGAUUUUAGGAUAGAUGGGACUGCAAUAUCAGGGAAGAUACCUGGUUUUAUUGGGAACUGGAGCAAACUUGAUAGACUUGAUAUGCAAGGCACGUUCAUGGAGGGCCCCAUCCCUGUCACCAUAUCCCUGUUAUCAAAUUUAACCGAGCUGAGGAUAUCUGAUUUGAAAGGAUUGAGUAUUGGAUUUCCUAAUUUGAAGGAUUUGAAAAAGUUAGAAUAUUUGGUUCUAAGAAAUUGCUUAAUCACUGGUUUAAUCCCAGAUUACGUAGGAGAGUUAGAAUCUUUGAAGCGAUUAGACUUGAGCUUCAAUAAUUUGAGUGGUCCAAUUCCAGAUACAUUUUGGAAUCAACAGCUAAAUGACAUGUACUUAACCAACAAUUCAUUAAGUGGAGAAGUGCCGAACUGGGUAUUGGAGUACACCAAAAAUAAUUGGGAUAUAUCUUACAACAAUUUUUCAGGGUCACCUCAGAUUAAUUGUGAGACACGGUCACAUGUGAAUUUGGUUUCCAGUUAUUCAUCUGUGGAGAGCAACACAAUUCCUUGGUGCUUGAAGAAGGGCCUUCCCUGUUCAAAAAAACCAAAACAUUAUUCCUUGUUUAUUAAUUGUGGAGGAGAAAAAAUAAACUUUGAGGGGAAUGAAUAUGAACAGGACAUAAUUCCAGAUGGGCGAUCACAAUUUAGUUCUAUUUCUGAAGAAUGGGGUUAUAGCAGCACAGGGGUCUUCAUGGGCAAUGACGAUACUCCAUAUCGUGCACAGAAUACAUUUUCUUUGAAUGUGACUGGUAUCUAUGAGACAGCUCGAGUUGCCCCUUUAUCACUUAGGUACUAUGGCCUUUGCUUGCGAAAGGGAAGUUACAAAGUAAAGCUCCACUUUGCUGAAAUAAUGUUCUCUAAUGACCAGACAUUUAGCAGCCUGGGGAGGCGCAUAUUUAAUGUCUCAAUUCAAGGAAAGUUGGAGUUGAAGGACUUCAACAUUGUGGAGGAAGCUCGAGGAGUUGGUAUACCCAUCAUUAAGGAAUUUGAUGAUGUUCUUGUAAGUGGUAGCACUUUGGAGAUUCAUUUUUACUGGGCAGGGAAAGGAACUACUUCCAUUCCUGUCAAAGGUGUCUAUGGACCUCUUAUAUCUGCCAUUGAAGUGACACCAAACUUUGAUGUUGGCGAGGGCCUAUCGGUUGGAGCUAUUGUUGGCAUUGUACUUGCAUCAUGUGUGAUCCUUGUAUUGAUUUUGGUGUUUCUUCGGAUGAAGGGUUACCUAGGGAAGAAAGUCCUUGAAGAUAAAGAACUACGUGGUCUAGAUUUACAAACAGGUUAUUUUACUUUAAGACAUAUUAAAGCUGCCACUGGGAACUUUGACCCUGCAAAUAAGAUAGGUGAAGGAGGCUUUGGCCCAGUUUACAAGGGUGUACUAUCAGAUGGUGCUUUAAUUGCUGUUAAGCAGCUAUCCUCCAAAUCGAAGCAAGGGAACCGUGAAUUUGUUACUGAGAUAGGCAUGAUAUCUGCAUUGCAACAUCCAAAUCUUGUGAGGCUUUAUGGAUGUUGUAUUGAAGGAAACCAGUUGUUAGUAAUAUAUGAAUACAUGGAAAACAACAGUCUUGCCCGUGCACUUUUUGGUCGUGAGGAGCACCAGCUACAUUUGGAUUGGCCAAUGAGGAGGAAGAUAUGCUUGGGAAUAGCCAGGGGGCUAGCUUAUCUUCAUGAGGAAUCAAGGUUGAAAAUUGUUCACAGAGACAUAAAGGCAACAAAUGUGCUUCUUGAUAAGGAUCUAAACGCCAAGAUAUCUGACUUUGGUUUAGCUAAGCUUGAUGAAGGAGAGCAGACGCAUAUUAGUACACGAAUAGCCGGAACAAUAGGUUAUAUGGCUCCUGAGUAUGCAAUGAGGGGUUACUUGACCGAUAAAGCAGAUGUUUAUAGCUUUGGAGUAGUAGCUUUGGAGAUUGUUAGUGGGAAAAGCAACACCAAUUACAGGCCAAAGGAGGAGUUUGUUUAUCUUCUGGACUGGGCCUAUGUCUUACAAGAGCAAGGAAACCUACUUGAACUUGUGGAUCCAAAGCUUGGUUCAAGCUACUCCUCUGAAGAGGCAAUGAGGAUGCUCAGCUUGGCUCUUUUAUGCACCAACCCCUCUCCCACUCUCAGACCAUCAAUGUCUUUCGUAGUAAGUAUGAUUGAAGGAAAAUGUGCGGUUCAAGCACCAAUAAUAAAGCGCAGUGAAACAAACCUGGAUCCAAGGUUUAAAGCUUUUGAGAAGCUUUCACACGACAACCAAACACACGUGAGCUCCACUUUUUUGCAUGACAGUCAAACGCAGAGAGACAUGUCAAUGAAUGGGCCAUGGAUUGAUUCCUCUUUUUCUGUCCAAAGUAAGGAUGAGACCAGUAGAGACCAUUCUUCAUCAAGCAAGCUUCUUCAGGAUCUUCAUGACAUAAAUUUAGAGUGACUGAUAAAUAGAGAAAAAUACGUAGGAUUUUUUUUCCCAAUGAAAUUGAAUUCUUGGAUUUGGCUCGACUGGGAUUAGAUUCUCUCUCUUAUUUACAUAUGGAUGGACAUGAUACAUUAUCUAAUAUAUAAACAUGUAAUAUGCUAGUUAGUAAUUUG